AACUGACAAGCUUUUUUUUCUGAUUACCGUUUUCGUUGAUUAUUCAUGGGAUUGGCUGAUUGGUUUUGUUGUUAUCUUUCUAUUCAGUUCGUCAGCAAUUUUAAUUAGUGUUUUGUGUAAAAACUUAUCACCAUCCUUUGAUUUUUCCCAGAAGUAACAUGAAUAAUGCUCCGCAGUUGUCCUUACGCUGGAAUAACUAUGUUUCCCACGUCACUGAAGCGUUCAACGUGUUGCGAUUUGAGAAUGAUUUGGUGGACGUUACCUUGUGUUGCGAUGGAGGUAAAAUUAAAGCCCAUAAGAUGUUGCUUUCGGCGUGCAGCAAUUACUUCAGACAGGUUUUUAAAGAGACCCCCUGUCAACACCCUGUGAUCAUAUUUAGGAAUGUGAAAUUUGAAGAUCUUAACGCUAUAGUGAACUUCAUGUAUCACGGGGAGGUUAAUAUCUUGCAGGAACAAUUGGAAUCGUUUCUUAUGACUGCUGAGCUUUUGGAAGUGAAAGGUUUGACGGAUAAUGUAGAAGAUGAACCAUCCAAAGCUUUGUUCAGGAUAACUGAUAACACUUCCCUAGAUUUGAGUGCUAAAUCUAGAUUUACCGAGGAGCUGCCUGUUCAGAAUGACGAGCCUAUUAACCUAGCAACAAUGCAGACUGUGAGAGAGGUUUACAUUCCACAAGUUACUCCAAUGAGAAUUAUACCAGAGCCUGAAGUGGAGAAUGAGCCACAAGAGAAAAUUAAACCCGAUGAGGCUGUAAGUGUUCAACAGAAAAUUGGACAGACUUCCAGUGAGGACAUGCAAGUUGACAAUCAAUCAACAUCAGCAGAAGAUUUAUCAGAUAAAAACAGUUCAGAAUCUGAAUUGGCUAAAUUCCGUUGUCAAUUAUGCCCAAAAGGAUUUAAGCAUCCAACAUCGCUGACUCUACACAAAGACUCUCACGCCGGAAAAACUCAGUGCCCAGUUUGCCAUCGGUCAUUCUCCAGAUCAUAUGAUAUGAGGAGCCAUCUCCAGAGAAUACAUCAAGGAAAACAAUUGACAAUCAAGGAAAUCAGAUAUAAAAAUGCAACAGAAACAGUUGCUCCUAAACAGUAUACUCACCAUGUAUAGUUAUAUGCAAAAUUACAAAUAUAUAUUGUUUUAAUGGUAGCCCUGUUACUGCCUUAUUUUUAAACUAUUUUACAUUAAUGUACAAGGUACAUUAUGCCUUUGAAAAAAAUAUUGUUGACAUUUAGAGUUAUUAUUAAAAAUUAAGAAUUAUCAUGUAUAUUUAAGGAAUGUAUUUAAUGUCACAAAAUUUUGCUCAGUGCUUUAGCCUUUGCUAUUUUUGUACUAGUCUAUAAAACUGUUUUAUAAUAAACUUGUUUCUAUUA